AUGGCACGGGUUAAACUUAUCAGUCUGUCCCGUAUAUGGUAUACAAUUAUUGUUGUAUUAAUUCAUUUAAUUCUUGUCUAUUAUGGUAUUAAACAAUGUUAUUUUAAUGAUCGUUUAUUAUGGCCAAAAUCUUCUCCUUCACCAAAAUUUGAAUUAUUAGUACAAAAAAUAUGUCUUUUAAUAUCACUUGUACUUCUUUUUAUAUUUAUUUAUCCAUCAUUAUGUCGAAUUGGAAAUUAUUCAAAUGAUAAUCGAAAAAUAACAACAGCUGAUUUAAAAAAAUCUUAUAUAGAUAUAUUUUCUCUUUUAUGGCAACAUUGUUUUUCAUUGAGUAGUACGUUACAUUUAAUUAUGAGUUUUCUUAUUAUUAUAUCAACUGUACUUAUUCAUGCUAAACAAAUUAUGGUUGGUGUUAAAGAUUCAGCAUUACUAUGGCAUACUGAUUUUGAUUUACUCUUUAAUUGGUCAUCAUCAACAUCAAUUGCAAUGUCUAUGUCUAAACGUUUAACUACAUCAAAUAUAAAUUCAUCAUCUAUCCCAUUUUCAUUUGAUUCAUAUUCACGUUUAAGUCUUUUAAAUUUUCUAUUUGCAUCAUUUAUUUGUAUUCUACGUGAACCACAUGUAUUUUGGUCAAUAUCAAAACUUUUUUCUAUUAUUUAUUCAUUUGCUAUUGCUCUUAAUGUUUUACAAUGGUGUUUAAUGUACGGUGCAUUACAAUUAUUAUUAAAAAAUCUUUGUUAUAAUACAAUUGAAUCACGAAAUAAUAUCGGUUAUCUAUUAUCAAAUCAACCAUAUACAACAUUUUUUCUUUAUUUACUUCUUGAAUUUCUUAUUUAUAUAUCAUCAAUAACAUUCUAUUAUUAUGCAUAUAAUCGUUUUAAAUCAUCAUCAAAUUAUGAACGUUGUUCAAAUUAUUGUCCAAGUUUAAUUGGAAUUAUUAUUUUAUUAUUAUAUACAGCAUGUAAAAUGCCACUUGUACAUGAUAUAUUUCUACUUUAUAUACAAACACGUUUACGUCUUUUAUUUAUAACAUUUAUCUAUGAAAUCAUACAUAUUUUAUUAAUACUUGCUCUAUGGAUCUAUUUAACAACAAAAUUAAAUUGGAAUAUUAAUUCACAGGAAAAUUCUUCAUCAAGAUUUUAUCAUGGUUUAAAAGUUCAAAAUAAUCCAAUGCAAACAAUAUCAUUACCAGAAUUAAAUAAAGAUAAAUCUUAUGAAAAAGUUCGUAUAUUUCAAUCAGAAAUUUAUUAUCAUAAUCGUCCAAAAAAUUGGAGUUUACCAUUAAAUCAACAAUCAUCAAUAAUGGCAACGUUUGAUAAUGAUGAUGAUAUUAUUACGCGUUCACCAUCAUAUCCAAUAACUCAAAAUAAUAAUAAUAAUGAAAUACAAUAUCGAAAUGCAAUAAGAAAAACUCUUUCAAGUAUAAAUAAUUCUCAUCCACAACCAAAAGCAGUUUUUCUAAGAAGUAAUACACCACCUAUACCGCCUGUUAAAAAAUUUACAAAAGAACAAGUAGAUGCAGCUAGAUUACGUGCACAACAAAUGAUUUAUCAACAACAAAGAGCAUUAGAUUAUACACAACAACAACAACGACAUUCAGCUGCGCUACUUAUUAGUCAAGUUUGA